AUGUAUACCCCCUCUCUCUACGCCGCCUUCUUGGCCGCUCUCACCUUCGACUCCGUCUCCGCCCACAUGGAGAUGUCUUGGCCUCCCCCGCUCCGGUCCAAGAAGAACCCCUUCGCCGGCAGCGACAUCGACUACAGCAUGACCACGCCUCUCAGCGCCUCGGGUAGCGACUAUCCUUGCAAGGGUACUCUGGGCCUCCUCGGCACUGCCGCCGCCGCUCCCGUGGCGAGCUGGCAGGCUGGUCAGACCUACAACUUGACCAUCGAGGGUGGUGCCAACCACAACGGCGGCAGCUGCCAGGCCUCUCUCUCCUUCGACGGUGGCAAGACGUUCAAGGUCGUCCAGAGCUAUGUCGGCGGCUGCCCUCCCGCCGGCACCUCAACUUACGACUUCACUCUGCCCGACGACACUCCGGCUGCCGACGACGCGCUGUUCGCCUGGACCUGGUUCAACCAAGUUGGCAACCGCGAGAUGUACAUGAACUGUGCCGUCGUCUCCACCAAGGCUGGCGGUAGUGCUAAGCGCCAGGCCACCUCGUUCAAUAGCCGCCCUGACAUCCUCGUCGCCAAUGUCGGAAACGGCUGCUCCACCACUGAAGGCUCUGACGUUGAGUUCCCGAACCCGGGCGCCAGCGUUGCCAAGGCCAACUCCAAGACUGCGCCGCCUGUGGGCAGCUGUGGUAGCGCUGCUGGCGGCGGCGGCGGUGAUACCGGCGCAUCUCCUGACCAGGGCAACGCCCCGAACCCUGGUGAUGGUGCUCCUCCCGCGAGCUCUCCGUCCAAGACUAGCGCAAACCCUGUGCCUACGACUCCCGCCACCGCACCCGAGCAGCCUGGAUCUGGCCCCGUCACCACUUCGACCACACUGUAUGUAUCCUCUUUGCCUACUAUUUCUGACCACUCACUGACAUCGGAUAGCCCUGGUGGCGUCUUCAUCCCUCAGCCCAGCCCCGAGGCACCAGAGGAGACUGUUGUCACCCCUCCCGCGGAGACUGGAAACGCCCCUCCUCCGGCAAAGCCUACCACCUUGGCAACUGUCACGACCACGGCCGGCACGGGUAGUGCUCCGAAGCCCACCUCGACUCCCGGAUCGGGUGCCGGCAACGGAACCAAUGCUGGGGUUCAAAAGCCAGGCGUCGCUUGCGCCAACGAGGGCCAAUGGAACUGUGUUGGAGGCAGCCAAUUCCAGCGAUGUGCUUCUGGCCUCUGGUCUGUGUUGAUGCAGAUGGCGCCUGGCACAUCCUGCGAGACGGGCAUCAGCGAGGCCCUCGUCAUGUUCAGGACGGGUAGCCGAGCUCGUCGCUUCGUCUCUCCUCGCUAUCUCGCCUAA